CUCCGCCCCCUAGGCUGCUGGAGUACCUGCCAUUGGAGCUGACUUCCUACAGACAGGGAAGUGGAGUGAGGCUCGGGCGCUGUGGGGUCGAUGGCCAGCAGAUGGCUGGGUCCCGGGGCACUGAGACGGCUCUGUGUGCUCCUGAUGGCAGAGACAGUGUCUGGGGCCUGGGGCCCAUCAACAGGGACCUACAUCAGCCCCCCGUUUCCAGCCCUGGCUGUGAACCAGACCCCCAUGGCAGAUUGUCGCGACGUGUGUGGCCUGAAUGCUUCUGACCGCUGCGACUUCGUCAGGACCACCCCCGACUGCCGCAGUGGUGGGGGCUACCUGGACUACCUGGAGGGCAUCUUCUGCCACUUCCCCCCCAGCCUGCUCCCUCUGGCUGUCACCCUCUACGUGUUCUGGCUGCUCUACCUGUUUCUGAUUCUGGGAGUCACCGCAGCCAAGUUUUUCUGCCCCAACCUGUGGGCCAUCUCCAGCUCCCUCAAGCUGUCCCACAACGUGGCAGGUGUCACCUUCCUGGCCUUUGGGAACGGCGCCCCAGACAUCUUCAGCGCCCUGGUGGCUUUCUCGGACCCGCGCACGGCUGGCCUGGCCAUCGGCGCUCUGUUCGGCGCAGGUGUGCUGGUGACCACCGUGGUGGCCGGAGGCAUCGCCAUCCUGCACCCCUUCCUGGCCGCCUCCAGGCCCUUCCUCAGGGACAUCGCCUUCUACAUGGCCGCCGUGUUCCUGACCUUCACCGCGCUCUACCUCGGCAGGGUCACGCUGGCGUGGGCCCUGGGUUACCUGGGCUUUUACGUGUUCUACGUGGUCACCGUGAUUCUGUGCACCUGGAUCUACCGAUGGCAGCGGAGAAAGUCCCUGGUCUACUCCAUGCCGGGGACACCAGAGACGCAGUCUGACUCCGAGGAGGAUCCUGUGUCUUCCAACACCAACAGCUACGACUACGGUGAUGAGUUCCGGCCACUGUUCAACCAGGAGGAGAGCACGGCCUGCAUCCUGGUCCACGCCCUGAACCCCCUGGACCUCAGGGCGUGGAGAAGCAAGUCGGCGACCUGGAGGGCCCUCAAGGUGCUCAAGCUGCCCGUGGAGUUCCUGCUGCUCCUCACCGUGCCCGUCGUGGACCCAGACAAGGACGACAGGAACUGGAAGCGGCCCCUCAACUGCCUGCACCUGGUGGUCAGCCCCCUGGUCCUGGUCCUGACCCUGCAGUCGGGGGCCUGUGAGUGUCCCACCCCGGGCUGCCCCGCGUCUUCUCCCAGGCCACAGCAGGCAGGCCCCGGGGCAGAGAGUCUAGACCUGGAGCUGCCUCCGUGUGCCCAGGCCUCAGGGACCCCAGCUGGACACUUGUCCAGGGACCUUCAGCUGGCCCAGGCCUGCCGGCUGCAGACGGUGACACUGCGGUCACAUCCACCCUGGCUUGGUGUCCCCUACGUUAGAAGGGGGGGAGAAGGGGGAGCCCAGGGGCCAGAGCCCCCAGCCUGUGUGAGGCCCAGGCACUGUCCCCAGCCCGUAAAAAUGUCCAGCUACUGUGAGGAACCCUUUUCCCCAAAGAUGUCCGUGCUGACCCUUGCCGAGCACCCCCUGCACAGGCCCUGGUCACGUUCUCAGUUCCCUCUCUGCCUCUUGUCCCAUCCCAUGGAUGCAGAGCAGAGGCUGGAGGCCAUGUCCCAGUCGCCGGCCGGGUCCCAGCAGGGUGCGUCUCGUCCACAGCUCUUCGCCUUCCUGGGCUUCCUGACCAGCGCCCUGUGGAUCAACGCGGCUGCCACGGAGGUGGUGCACAUCCUGCGCUCCCUGGGCGUGGUCUUCCGGCUGAGCAACACGGUCCUGGGGCUCACGCUGCUGGCCUGGGGCAACAGCAUUGGAGACGCCUUCUCAGACCUCACGCUGGCCCGCCAGGGCUACCCGCGGAUGGCGUUCUCCGCCUGCUUCGGGGGCAUCAUCUUCAACAUCCUGGUGGGCGUGGGGCUGGGCUGCCUGCUGCAGAUAGCCUGGGGCCACGUCCCCGAGGUGAAGCUACAGCCCGAGGGCCUGCUGGUGUGGGUGCUGGCCGGCGCCCUGGGCCUCAGCCUGGCCUUCUCCCUGCUGGCGGUGCCUCUGCAGUGCUUCCGGCUCCGCAGGACCUACGGCGUCUGCCUGCUGCUCUUCUACCUGGGCUUCCUGGCCGUGGCCUUGCUCACCGAGUUCGGAGUGAUUCACUUGAACAGGACAUGACCAAGGCCACCUGUGGUGUGUUGGUGGCACCGAGGGGGCUCCUGCAGCCUCCUGCUGGGGACUGGAGUGGGCAGCUCUGCAGGUGGCUCUUGCUGCUGGGGCACAUCAGCUGAGCCCCUCGGGCCUGGACCCCAGCCCCGCUGCUGGCCUCUGGGGAGUGGCCUGGCUGUGGCCUGACUCCAGCGGAAGCCAGACCUCCUGAGUGACCCAGAGUCCUCAGAGGGAAGGGCUGGGCCUGGGGCAAAGGAGUCGGCCUGGCUGCGGCCCUGGCGACCUGCCCUCCCUCUCGCUGGCCUUCGGGCCUCCUGCUCCCUCAGGGUGAGGGCCCAGGUGAGCCCCCCAGUGUCGGACCCACAGGGACGGCCCGCGGAGCUCUCCAGUUGCCAGGUUCCCAAAGCCACAAGAACCAGGCGGAUCAGCACAUCUGCUCAACCAGGACUGCAGCCCUCGGGCCAUGGUCCUGCCACAUACAGGGCCACACGUGGGACGGUGGCCUGGACUCUAGAACUCGGGGCUCCCACGCUGCAUACCAGGAGUUUGCCCACGGGCCUGCGCCCACCUCAGGGACUGCCAGGGCCUCUGGCCUUCUCAGGAAGCAACUGCUGCCCACUGUCCUAUGCCCUUGGUCAAGAGGGACUCGCCACCUUUUUCCCAAAUUAAAAAAAAAGAAAACAGUAUUAAAUAUUUGAAGUAUUUUCUGAGCA